GUACAAGUUGCCAUCUUCAGACCAGUAAGCAUAACAGGAGUCCCCAACCUGCCACUGUGUAACAUAUUUCAGUUCACCUGAAUUAUUUGGAUAGUGAUACUCCAAAUCAACUCAAGUACUGACGCUGUGCGUGAUUACCUCUUUAUCAGUUCGCAAUGCUGGAUGCUGCUUUAAGUUCAUACGGAGCCCAGGUUGUGCUGGCUACAUCAAGCGAUGAGAAUCAUCCGCCGGAGAACAUUAUCGACGGAAAAACAGAGACGUUCUGGAUUUCAACUGGCAUGUUUCCACAAGAGUUUAUCAUCCGCUUUCCAGAUAACAUGAAAAUAUUCACUGUCUCCAUUCACAGUUACAACAUUAAAAAGCUGAGAAUAGAAAAGGGCACAUCAGACGAUGCUGAUAAAUUUGAAGCGGUUGCAGACACAGAGUUUGAGCACACAGAGGGCAGCUUACAGGCUAAUGAUAUUUCUGUGAAUGUAUCAAAUACAACACAUUUGCGGUUCCUCGUAUUGUCUGGAUAUGACCAUUUUGUCUCUGUACACAAAGUUAGUGUACAAUCAUGAGAUGAUCUCCAUAAAUUAUGUUCUUUUGUAAACAUGAAGUAACUUAGAUUUUUUAAGUAAUCAAAGUGGAUCACUGUGUAUUUUUCAACAAAUAAACUUUUUCCUAAUU